AUGCCUGCGUCCGGUGUGCCGCCGGACUUUCUGCAGCUACCGCUGCCGUUCUUUGCUGUGUAUUCCGUUUUGGAGAAGAUUUUGGAAGCAGAACGACUUGUGGAAACACAACCUCGAAGGCCUCGCGCAGACAUCUACCACGGCGUGGUUGCGACUUUGGGGCCAGAGCUGAACCGUUGCAUCUUUAAUCGCAAGUCUGGGUACAAGAACAAACACAGCUUCGACCAGGCGAUUUUGCCCCAGAUCCUGGCAUACGAGCAGUCGCUGGAGUGUUUGCGUAGUUUCUUGCCUGUGAAUUGCCCGAAGCUGUCUAUACAAGAUUCACCAGUGGCCUGGGGCCGGCAGCUAUACACGUAUGCUUCAAAUCGCGAGCCUGUGGUCCGGAGCUCUGAGUGUCCUGGCAAGGCCUUGCGUGUGGUUACAACUUGGCAGGCCUUGUUGAAGGCUCGCUGGGAAAGUGCGCCCUUAGCUCCAGAGCUCCACGAGGCACUACGUGAGAUGAUUGAGGCGGUGGAUUUCCUUUCGAAAUGUCGCUUAGGCAACAACUUUGCGGAGACCGCUGUUGCAAAAAUUAAGGUGUCGCUGGCAGCGGGGUAUCCGUUCAGACGGAGUCAGAAGCGGCCUGUGGAGCUCGGUGUCUUUGAAGGUGAUGGCAGCUUGACUCUUGCUAAUGAUCCUGGCUCCGACCAAGACGGAGAUGACAUAGAGGACGAUGAUGAUGGCGGUGCGAUUGAAGCUUCGGACUGGGAGCCCUUGGAUCUUUAUCGGCAGGAAUCACAUCAAACUUUGUCCCCUUCCUUGGUGCGUCUGUGCUCAGCCUUGGAGGGAGAGCUUGGCUUGAGCGACCACGCUUUGACUGCAAGCUUUGUUCGGAUGCUUGGCCUUGUGGCCAGUCGGCAGCCUGCAGACCUCUUGGACACGUCCGUGCGGGAGGAAUUGCAAAGUUUCUUUUCAGGUCUGCCGGUGGCGGAGGAGAAGGCUUUGUUGCACGUGGAGCACAAGCUUGACACUGCCUACCGUAGCAGGGCCAAGACGUGUGUCCACUUCUACGUACACCUUUUUGGACACAGUUCAGUGACACAACCCACUGUCGCUUUGUGGUUGUUGUGCAUAUGCCCUUUUCGGUAUUUUGGACGGCCGGAGCUUCUGGAGAAUGCCUUGAUUGCAUUGGGUGAGGCGAAGGUUCGUGAGGUCUUCGGUGGUGGUUUGACGCCUGACACUCGGGAGAGUGUAGUGAAGACCCUUCGCAUGGGCCUGCUGCGAGACUGGGCUUACAGGUCGUCAGUGAAAGGGUAUCGCGAUCAGAACGAUGGUCGAUGCCGGGUAUACUCUUUAAAGUUGCCAUCCUUUGCUCCGGAUGACAGGCGGCUAGAUCACAUGCUUGUUGCCUUGGACAGCUGGUCGUAUGCAGCUAUGACGUGUGCCGGUGCUAUUCUUCGGAUUUUAGGUGAGCUUGGACAGACGGAAAGGGUGGCGGCAAACGGCCUAGAAGAAGCUGUGGUCAACCUCAUGGAUGGGGUUUUGCAGAUGGACCUUAUUGGGCGUCCUGGUGCGAGUGGCUCUGUCCAGGACAGGGCAGCAUGCUACGCCAGCAAGUUUGUCUUGGACACGUUGUACUGGUUCAUUUUGUGCUGUGCGUGUCGGCGGGUGUCGCAACCACCAUACACGGCAGUUUCCAUGGAGGAGCCUGUUGCGAGAUGCGCUUGCGUGGCGUGUAGAGACAUGCUCCUGGUCCGGCAGCGUUGGGGCUUUGUUGGCCCAGCGUUGCGGCUCUUCUACAAGAAGGCUGGAGGGCCACAGCCGGUGGAUGCAAGAAGCCUGCCUCAUUGCACGGCAAUGUUGAAGCUUGUGAACCAGCACCUCCAAGCUUCCUUUUGCGUCUAUGCGUUGCAGUUUGUGCCUUGCAUAUGGGGUAAAUUUCUUCGGCUGGCGCGGUUGUUGUCCAGUGGCGGUUGCAAGAAGCAGAGCAACUGCGGCACUUUCAUGGCCUUGGAGAGCAAAUUCCUGCUACAUUUCUUUUUGCUUUGUAAAAAGCACGGGCUGGAGGGAUUGCUAUCGCGUGCUGACCCUAGUGCUGUGCGCGUGGCCGCGGUGCAAUUUGACUGGCACGCGGAAAAUGGCGUCAGCGUCCUGGAAGCCUUAUUGCAGGCAUUGCCUCCAUCCAACACGGUGUUCACACCCUGCGCGUUCACUGACAGUCGUCGUGCUCUGGCGGAAGCGCGUUUCCUUACUACAGUUUCUCCGCCACCGACAGCAUUGCCUGCGUGCGUUUGGGAUAGCGAACAGGCAAUGCAAAGGUCAUUGACGCGGGUGCUGCAACACGUGUUGCCGUGA